GGUUGAGUUGAGGUAUAAAAAGCGGGAGGGGAAGCAUUUGCUCAUUGUAGAAACAUUUUGUCCACGUGCUGCACACAUGCUCAGGUUUCUGGCGCUGACAAGUCUCGCUGCCCUAGUGCUGGCUAAGCCGGUGCCCCAGCCCGGGUACCUGGAAGACAGCUGGGAAAGGGUCGUGGGAGGUGACGUGGCCAGACCCAACUCCUGGCCCUGGCAGAUCUCUCUUCAGUACAGAUAUGGCAGCAAUUACUACCACACAUGCGGAGGAACCCUGAUUGCGAGAGGCUGGGUGAUGACAGCUGCUCACUGUGUGGAAGACCCCUUGGAUUACCGCGUCGUUCUUGGUGAGCACGAUCUCAAUAUCGCUAGCGGCAAUGAGCAGAUCAUCAGCGUUGGCCAGGUUCACAUCCAUCCACAGUGGAAGAAGUUGAGUGAUGGGUACGACAUCGCCCUGCUGCGCUUGGCCUCUGAUGCCACUCUGAACUCCUACGUCCAGCUGGGCUCUCUGCCUCCCUCCGGCCAGGUCCUGCCCCACAACAACCUCUGCUAUGUCACUGGAUGGGGACUUACUUCCACCGGUGGCUUCCUCUCCAACCGGCUGAAGCAGGCCUUCCUUCCUGUGGUUGACUACGAGGCCUGCUCCAGAAGUGACUGGUGGGGCAACACUGUCAAGACCACCAUGGUGUGUGGUGGUGGCGGUACUGAGGCCGGAUGCAACGGCGACUCUGGCGGCCCUCUGAACUGCCUUGUUAAUGGGAAAUACUACGUCCAUGGGAUCGCCAGCUUUGUGUCUGCUUGGGGAUGCGACACUCCCAAGAAGCCCACCGUCUUCACCCGCGUUUCUGCAUACAUCGACUGGAUUGACUCGAUGAUAGUGUAAACAGACGACCUCCCAUGGUGCAGCAGAAGGAGGCAGAGACCGCAUCCGACCCGUGUUCUCAUCCGCCGCACUUCCACAUUCAUUUGCUCUCAUUCGAUGGAAAAAAAAACUUAAUUAAACUUUGAGU